GUGUGAGUCGGCGGCGGAACAGUCUGCGGUCGUUCCCGCGGUGCGGAGACGUGCUGAAGGGAGUCGGAAGAGCCUGGCAGAAGCGCUCGGGAGCGAAGCGCCGGAGCUGCACCGUGAAGCCAGAUCGGUGAGCGGCGGCGGAGAGCUCCCGGCAGUGUUGCGGUGCCGCUGCGGAGAUGUGCUGGGCGGGGAGGCGCUGGGGCCGGCGGCAGCGAGCUCUGCUCUGGGCCGUGCUGCUGGCGGCGUGGGAGGCGGCGUGGGGGCAGCUGCGCUACUCCGUGCCCGAGGAGAUGCCCAAGGGCUCGUUCGUGGGCGACGUGGCCAAAGACCUGGGGUUGCAGCUGCCAGAUAUCCGCGAUAAUGCCGUCCGUGUUGUUUCCAUGGGUAGGACGCAGUAUUUUGCUGUGCACGGGAAGACGGGACAUUUAGUGACGGCAGAGAGGAUCGACAGAGAGCAGGUGUGCGAACGUGUACAGCAAUGCGUGCUGCGAUGUGAGGUGAUACUGGAGGGGGAAAUGAACUUCUAUCAAAUAGAAGUGGAAAUCACAGACGUUAAUGACAACGACCCCAGCUUCAGAGAGGCAGAAAAAGAAUUAAGAGUGAACGAGAUGACAGCUCCGGGAUCGAGGUUUCCCCUCCGAGAAGCACGAGACCCGGAUGCGGGCCGGAAUUCCCUACAGAGCUACGAGCUGAGCGGCGACGAGCACUUCUCGCUGGCCGUGCAGGCGGGCCCCGGCGGCGAUCAGCGUCCCGAGCUGGUGCUGGCGAAGGCGCUGGACCGGGAGGAGGCGGCGUUUCACGAGCUGGUGCUGAGGGCGAUGGACGGUGGCGAUCCGGCACGGACGGGCACGGCUCGGAUCCGCGUGACGGUGCUGGACGCGAACGACAACGCGCCCGUGUUCAGCCAGGCGGAGUACACGGUGCGUGUGCCCGAGGACGUGCCCGUGGGCUCUGUCCUCGUCACCGUCACAGCCACGGACGCUGACGAGGGUCUGAACGGGAAGGUGAAAUACAGCCUCCAUAAAAUUUCAGACCGAGCCUCAGAACUUUUUAAUCUCGACUCCGAGACCGGAGAAAUAACUGUUGAGGACGUCUUGGAUUUCGAGGAAAUCUCCUCCCACGAACUUGAAGUUCAGGCACAUGACGGAGGAGAGCUUUUUGACACAGCGAAAGUCACAAUCUCUGUGACAGAUGUCAAUGACCAUGUGCCCGAACUAACAGUAUCCUCGGUGGUGAGUGCAAUCUCCGAGGAUGCUAAGCCGGGGACAGUUGUGGCCCUGUUGCACAUUCAGGACCGCGACUCGGGAGCAAACGGUGAUGUGCGCUGCUCGCUCCACGGGGAUGUCCCGUUCCGCCUAGAGAAGUCUUAUGAUGACUACUACCGUGUGGUGACAGCGAGAGAGCUGGACCGGGAGCAGGUGUCGGAGUACAACGUGACGGUGCGAGCGGCCGACGGCGGGUCGCCGGCGCUGCAGAGUCGGUUCCGCGCUGCCGGAACGAUCACAGACCGAUCGGCCGCCGAGGUAGGAAUGAAGCGAGCGAGUGAUCGAGCGGAUCCGCAGCGGGCGGGGCUGCGGCGCUCCGAGCUCCUCUCGCUCCUCUCGGUCAGCAGCGGCGCCCGCAGCCUCCUCCCGGCACUGCAGGCACCGAGCGCCGCCGAGCGCCGCGGUCCUGCCUUUCUCACCGGCUGCUCGCGGCGACGGGACAUUCGCCACGGAGACGUCGACCCUGUUUCGGCUUUUCUCCUCGACUCUCAACUGAUCAUCACCGGAAAAAACAUAGAGUUUCCCUGUGGUUUUUCUUUUUUUACCGCUCGGGAAUAG